AUGGUCCUCAGCCGCCAGCUGUAUGUUUUACAUUUUUCACGCUAUUCUAUUGCUUACGUAGCUCAAAAUCAGCCAACGACUGAAGGAGGCAUCCUAGCAAACUUAGCUCGCGCUUUUCGCCGCUUCGCUGGAGACAAACCAAGCGAUGACCUCCCCGAACAGGAACAAGAAAGCCAUAACCUCUCUACACUCGAAGCUCCUCAAGUAGCGCCCUCACAAGGCAGUUCACAAAUUGAACAGGGGGCGGGGAGUGGCAAACGUCCGACACAACAGACAAAAAACUCGAGCUUCCCGGCAUCUGAAUCUCGUGACAGUCUUGAAAGCUUCAUGAAUAGACCAGCAGUUGUCUCCCGAAAGAACAAUAACGAACGAGCAGGGGACUUUUUUGGCGACGUCGAUGAUAGCACGCAACAUCUGCAUCCUCCAGAAGGGACGUCCGAACAAACCCAAGACAAUCCUGGGCCUGAACGAGGAUAUUUGUCCGGCACCGUAACUCGUUCUUUCAUCGCAUUCUGGGAGCGUACUUUAGGACCUCGAACCAAUAACGACACAAACCGGUUUGAAUCACAAAGCGAAACUAACAGCGCUACAGACCAACGGGAUAAUGUCCAUAGCAUGUUUAGGCGAGCCAUAAAUCGCAUGUCUAGCGCUAGAAGAGCCAACACCGAAGGAGAGCACGGUCUCACAGGAGAGGCGCAAUUCUAUCCUAUGAGCACCUUCUCUCGCCAUACCAGCUGGCGUCGCCCAGUGAUCAUAUCUCCCGCAUACGGUAAUCAGCGCAUCAUGGCAAGCGGAGACACGCCGGGCAGACUCCCCGGUGGAGACACGGUCGCCGUCGACAGAGACGUAUCUCCCACCACCUCAGACUCGGCGAGCUCAGAAGACCAUUAUCCGACGAUCGUGGAAGUGCUGUGCUUUUGCAACUGUUCCCUGCUUUUCACUCGCUGGAAGAAAAACCCCUCUGCUCGCGGCGGGAAUGAGGUUGCCUCCAAUAUGUCGUAG